AUGCACGCAAGCUCAGCUCACUCGGCCCCGGAGCUCUUGGCGCACGCCGAUGACGCCGGUCCAGCGGCUCUUGCACCGGAAGCACUGACUCGAUGCACCACUGACGUACGAAUGAAGCAUGCCAAGUCAAACCUACAAAUUCUGGUGGUUGGUGCGGGGGCGAUCGGUUGCGAAGCGCUGAGGGCGCUUGCCUUGUGUGGUUUCCGAAACCUGGUGGUGCUCGACCGGGACACGGUCGCCGAGAGCAACCUCAACCGCCAGACGCUCUACAGCUCCGCCGACGUUGGUGCCAGCAAAGCGCUGAGAGCUGCCCAGGCAAUUAAAGAGCGCUUUCCAGGCUGCACAAUACGCGGAUAUUGGGCGAGCGCGGAACAGAUGCCUGUUGCCUUCUACCGUGCGUUUGAUGUCAUCGUGUCGGGUGUGGAUACCGUUGAGGCUCGCCGCUGGUUAAACACAGUCGUGUUCCACGUGGUACGUCCUGUUACCUCUCCCAACUGUGCAGUUCAGUCGAAAUACUUGCCCGUGCUCAUCGACGGGGGCCUGGAGGGUCUCGCAGGCCAAGUCCGAACGAUUCGCCCGUAUGAAACGCCCUGCAUCGAGUGCAUACUUGAUCUGUUUCCAGAUGAAGCAGGUCGGCAACCGCUUUGCACGAUCGCCGGUACACCAUUGCGGCCAGAGCACUGUAUUCAUUACGCACAGGCGGUUCUUUGGCCUGCACGUGACGACCAGGCGGUGCGGUCCAUAGACCCGGAGAACCCGGAGCAUCUUGAAUGGAUUUAUACCAGAGCACAGGAGCGUGCUGCAGCGUUCGGUAUCGAAGGUGUGACCACGGCUCUCGUGAAAGCUGUCCUGCACCGCAGUGUGCCGGCAUUGGCGACAACGAGUGCAGUUACCGGUGCCGCCUGUGCACUCGCAGUGACGAGGCUCGUAUGGGGCGGCUCUCAUGCACAGUGCCCCUGGACAAGUUUUCAUGGAAGCGAUGGCCUCUACAUCGACUCGAUUUUCAUCGAGAGACGACUAUCGUGUCCUGUAUGUGGUCCAGGUUCCGCUGUUGCCAUAAGCGUAUCGAAAAACAUGCUUGUCAAGGAGCUCAUAGAACUCCUAGAAAGGCAUCCUGUGCUCCACUGUCGCAGUCCCACAAUUGUCUGGGAUUAUCGACCCGUAUACAUGAGCGUACCUCAAAGCCUCAAAGCAGCAACAAGCCCGAAUCUCGAGCGGCCGUUGAGCGAUAUCUUCAUUUCUGACAGUCAUCCGAAAGUUCCCGAUCAAGUCGUGCUAUCCGUAACAGAUACCGACACUCGAACCUGCAAGACGUUGCAUUUGUUUCUCACCUAA